AUGGAAGAGAACACCGAACUCAAGAGCAGAAUCGAUGAGUUGGAGAAAAAUAGGACAGAUGCUGUUGCCGAGAACGUUGAACUUGGAGUUAGAGUUGUAAAAUUAGAACAGGAUAUAGAUGAACUUAAAAAAGAAUUGGAAUCUAAGAAAAAUCGUAAAUUUCAGGAAAAAUGUAUUCUAAUAGCCCAGAUACUUCUUAACGAGGAACCUAUGGUUGAAUAUCGACCAUCUUUUAUGGAAGGAUUAGAACUUGAUGCCUUCUUCCGAAGUAAUAGAAUUGCAUUAGAGGUUCAAGGAGCUCAACAUCGGCUUCAUAACACCAGCUG